AUGUCUGUCCUUCGUUCCCUGCUUCUGGUCACGGCCACUUUGUGCCCUAUUACAUAUGCAUUUGUUGAUCUGGGAUAUUCCACCCUCCCCUAUGAACCGCUACAUGUCCCUACUCCGCGGCCACAUCAGCUGCCUAGUGGGACGGACCUGCGUUAUGAGUUACUCCCGUCGAUGAUCACGGCCGUGGCGCCUUCGAUCACCAUUUCGUCCAAUGGCACCCGGGAAACACUGUACAGUCUGCACUAUCACCACUAUUUCAGCAAGACACGCCAGGGCAAGGGACUGUUCAAGAGAGGUGUCUUCGCCAGUGACCCUCCCAUUGCGACCUGCACACCUUGCGACGGAUCGGGCUCCAGUAUCACGGCGAGUUCGACCACGGCUUCAACCACGGCGUCGUGUACAACCCACCAAUACCAUGGCGUCUUUCAAUUCCCGGACCCUGCGCUGACCACCUCAUACUGCUAUAAUUCAAACUACACCGGUGUCUUUGAACCGAGCACCACAUCGUCGAGCGGCUUGCCAUGUUGCUUCACGAUCCCGGCCUCGUGUCGUCUCAACAGCACGACCAGCAGUUCGGUCACGUAUAGUAGUGGCGUCUUCCGCUCGACCACAACAACCUCAUUCUUCAGCAACAUGAGCACCACGACCAGGAGCUCGGCAACUCCAUCGUCAACAGCGUCCUUGACUACCGCCACGAGCACCUCGUUGACAUCCCGGUCGUCUUCGUCUUCGUCUUCAACCUCGACCACAUCGUCCUCACUUUCGGGGAGUGUGUCACCAAAUCUCUAUAGCAGAAGUCUAUCUACAUCCACAAGCACAGGUACGAUGAGCACCAUAACCAUAAUCAGCGGGACCACGGUCUUUCUGACAACAACGACCUCGGCCUCAACCAUGUCAGGAACGACUCCUGGCUCAAGUACGACUUCCACUGUUCUUUCAAGCGUGCCGUACACGUCGGGGACGUCAUCGCAGACAUCUUCGACGACAAGCGCGUCCGGAUCGAUAUCUUCGAGUGUUUCCAUCAUCGUCGUGGCGAGCACCACCAUCACAUUCACGAAUAGUGGUGAAGACGGUCCAGGUUCAACAUCUGGCCCUGGAACAUCGUCGACUCGGUCUACUUUGACCGUGAUCACUGCGACACCAGUCACCUCCACGACUUCAAUCACUUAUAUCACAACGACGGUGCCAAACAUCAUCGAAGGGUGUGGAACCGCUUCGGGAAGCGGUGUAGUGGAAGGCACAGGAACCGUCUUGAUCGAUGACACAUCUAUCGUCGCAUCCGGCACUGCAAGCGGCUCGGCAUCACAAGUAGUCGGAUGUGGAACAGUGAUAGCCACGACAGGCACAUUCACCGGCUCAGCAACCAUCACUGGAUGUGGAUCUGGUUCCGGAACGGGCACGCUCACUGGUACAGGCACGAUAUGGCCACCCUUAGGAGGCGGCAUCGUGUCGAUAGUAUCGUCCGGCAUCGUCUCUGGAAGUGGCAGAUUCGAAGGUUGUGGAACGCUGACCGGUUCAGGCACCUUCGUCGCAACAGGCCCAUAUAACACAACCAUUGCUGCCCCAAUCACCACCGCCUCCUCCUCUGGCACACGCGCCGUCACCACCGUCGAAGUCUACGUCUCGUACUGUCCUGGGCCGAUGGACAACGCUCUCCUGCGCCUCGGAACGAACUUUACAGGAUAUACUGCAGCAGAUGGCAAUGGCAAUGGCAAUGGCAGUAACAUGACAAGCCCUGCACUGUCUCCCGACAACGACGACGUCAACUCGCGCUUCAUCGUGCCCACCACCCACUCCAGUUCUAAUUCAACUUCCAACAACUCCACAAGCCUCGGAAUCGACAACGCGCUGUGCAACACCUGUCCCAACAGCGUGGGCAUCUGCUGUCCACCCACCGUCGACUGUGACGGCGCGGACGGCAAGUGUCCGCUCUACGCGCUGGAGAACUCGCACAACACGCUCAACGGGUAUCUAAUCGCGCAGGUCCUGAAUAGCUCGGCUCCCGUGGCCGGGAGGAAGAAGGUGCGUGCUCUACCAAAGCCGAAGAGAAACAUAGACAAGGAAAUGGCGGUGGCGGAAUACGACAUGGCACAUAAUGAAGCAAGAGAAGUUGGGGGAGCGAUGAAGAAGAGAGACAAGAAGCAUCAGUUGCCCAAGAAGGCUCAUAGGAGACAGUUUUAG